AUGGGCUCGUUCGCCACGGUGAAUACCGAUAUGCGAUUGUGCAUCUUCGUGGGCUUACCGGAAGAUUUGGUAGUGUUAAUCUUGAAGAGGCUGCCGAUCAAAUCCCUAAUUCGCUUCACCUGCGUUUCGAAACGCUGGCGCCUCAUGAUAUUGUCCGACCCAAAUUUCGCCAAAUCCCAAUUCCAGAUAGCUUCCGAGCAGCAAACCCUGAGUCGCAGAGCCAUCCAUGAAUCUGACUGUGAAUCCCUAGACUUUGAGAAACCGAUGGAUUUCAGAAAGGUUCGGUGCCCAUUCAAGCAACCGGGCCUUCAUGUCAGAAUACUGUGCUCCUGCAAUGGUUUGGUAUUUGCAGCUUCUAGCAAUUCAGAUAUGUAUAUCUGGAACCCAUCAACUGGCUUCUUCAAAAAAUUACCUGACCCAGGUGCUCUUCCCUCUGCAAUUCUAUGGUUUUAUGGUUUUGGCUAUGUGUCCACCAUUGACGACUACAAAGUUAUUAUCAGUUUUGAUGUCUCUGGGAAGAAGAUAGCAAAGGCUAUGGUCUUCUCAUCCAGAGCUAAGAGUUGGAAAACUAUUGAAGUCCCUUACCAUCCCGUCUUUUACCUGGGGAAUCUUUUUAAUGAGGCACUUCAUUGGCGGAUCUAUCUUCAUGGAGAUAUUGUUGCAUUUGACUUGGCAAAGGAGCAGUUCCGAACAAUGUCGCUGCCUGCUUCUCUUAACUACCACCAUGGUGGUGUCCAUAUAUCAAGUCUCGGUUCUGUUGGAGGAUGCCUGUGUGUAAUUAUUCAAAAGAAUGCUAAUGAUAGUUGCAUUGAUUUGUGGGUCAUGAGAGAGUAUGAGGUCGCAGACUCUUGGACUAAGCUCUAUAACUUGAAGUUUUCGGAUCAGCGUGAGUGGAUAGCUGAUUUGAGGCCGGUCUUGGCUACGGAAACUAGUACUUUUCUGGAGAAAUGGAGUCAUAGUUAUAGGGGGUGUAAGUGCGAGUUGAUAAGGAUUGGCCUUAAGGAAGAGAAGAUUGAAACAUAUAUGGUUAGAAAGGAGCCUUUUUACGUGAUUGCAUAUGAAGAGAGUCUACUUUGGCUAAAUGAUUGA